AUGGCAAAACAAAAACGGAAGACCCGUCGCGAUCCAGUUUCUCCUGAGCCUACGCCGACUCCAUCACCUCCGAGUGCCGAUGCAGCUGUGAUGACUCUUCACACUGGAUUUCGCGUUCCUCGCGGUCUUUCCGAUCCUCUCUCUGCCUCUAUGACUUCAUUUGACAAUGUUCAUAGUCCCUUCUUCCUCCACUGCGGCGAUCACCCAGGUAACCUUGAUCUCUCUACCUAUUACAUUAAGAAGAAAACACUCUGGGAGCAAUUGGCUAACACUAAAGCAUCCACGGUGAAGAGGUGUAAUUGUGAUCAUGUCAAGGAACUUUUGGAAGAAGCCGAAACUAGCCGUAUCAUUCAGUUCCUUAUGGGUCUUAAUGAUAAUUUUGCGAACAUUCGAGGUCAGAUUCUAAACAUGAAGCCGAGACCUGGGUUGACAGAGAUCUACAACAUGCUUGUUGGUGGAGGUGGCUCCUCUACUUUCUCUCCUUCCGCUGCUUUCCAAGUUCAAGCCUCUCCUGUUGAUGACUCCUCUGCCAUCCUUCUCUCUCAGGGCUCAUAUCAGAAACCCCAAUGUUCUCACUGUAACAGGCUUGGUCACACUGCUGAGAAAUGUUAUAAGUUGCACGGAUAUCCCCCAGGGUCUCAGACUCGUUGGAAGAAACCUCAGACCAUUGGGAAUGCGAAUCUGGCAACGACUCAGCUCCAAGCUCCAGCAGAACAGAAGAUUGAAGGUUCUGCUGCUUCUUCUCCUAUCAUGUCCAAUGAUCAGAUUCAGACUAUGAUUUCGUAUCUUAGUUCCAAGCUUCAUGUUUCUACUGUUGAUCCUACACCCGAUAAGCCUUGUGCAUCGACUUCAACCUCUGUGCCUGUUAUUUCUCAAAUUUCAGGUACUUUCCUUGAUCUAUAUUCCAAUUCCUAUUACGACAUGCUUGUUUCUUCUAUAUCUAAAGAACCGGCUGUGUCUCCUAGGGUUUGGGUUAUAGAUUCAGGAGCCACUCACCAUGUUAGGCCCUGUUUGUUUCCUCAUCUGGAUGGAGUAUGCAGAUGA